AGAGGUGUAAGAGGGAUGUCACUGGUUAUAGAUUUCUGUAACUAUAACCAGAGAAAUAAAAAGCCAGCAGCAACACUGCCUUCAGAAACGGACAGUGCCUGUAGCAACAUACCUUCCCUUCUGGAGACAAUGGCAGGAGUCCUCUCUCCUCCUCUGUAUCUGUUUAUUGGCUUCAUCUUUAUUUGUGGGCUACUGAAAGUCCUUCAGCUGUCCUGGAAGAAGAAGAAGUUGCUCAGAACUUUCAAGCAUUUUCCAGGCCCUCCCAGCCACUGGUUUUUUGGCAACAGUGGGCAGGUCAUUCAAAGUGAUGAAUUCAAUAAGAACAUGGAAUGGGCAGGAAAAUAUCCCUAUGGCUAUCCUAGGUGGUUUGGUGGCUUUGCAGCUUCCUUAGUAGUCCACCAUCCAGAUUAUGCCAAAACUAUAUUUGGCCGUGGAGAUCCCAAAUCUAUGAUCACUUAUCGGUUUUUGCUCCCUUGGAUUGGAAAAGGGCUUCUAGUCCUAGAUGGACCAAAGUGGUUUCAGCACCGCCGCCUGUUAACUCCAGGGUUCCACUAUGAUAUUUUGAAACCUUACAUAGCACAGAUUGCAGAUUCAACAAAAGUCAUGUUGGAUAAAUGGAAGAAGCUCAUUGCCAAGGAUGAUAUGACGUCUGUGGAGAUGUUUGAACAUGUCAGCUUGAUGACUCUGGACAGCAUCAUGAAAUGUGCCUUUACUUCCCAGAGCAGCAACCAGACUUGCAGAGAGUUGGAUCAUUACAUCAAAGCUGUUUAUGACCUGACCUAUCUGGUGUCGCAAAGAGUACGUAACCUCUUAUACAGAAAUGAUCUCAUUUACUCAUACACUUCAGCUGGCCGACUUUUCCUAAAAGCCUGCAGAUUGGCCCACAAACAUACAGAAAAAGUAAUAGAAGAAAGAAAGAAAUCAUUCAGGGAGGAAGGUGAGCUCAAAAAAAUCCAAAAGAAGCGAUCCUUGGAUUUUUUGGAUAUUCUUCUUUCUGCUAAGGAUGAAAAUGGAGUCGGGUUAUCUAAAGAAGAUCUGCGUGCUGAAGUGGACACUUUUAUGUUUGAAGGUCAUGAUACCACAGCAAGUGGGAUCUCCUGGCUCUUAUAUGCAAUGGCCCAGAAUCCAGAACACCAACAAAGAUGCAGGGAGGAGAUAAAGGAAACUCUGGGGGACCGUGACACUGUUCAGUGGGAUGACCUUGGAAAGAUGCCUUACAUCACCAUGUGUAUAAAGGAGAGCCUCCGUCUUUACCCUCCAGUCCCUGGAGUGGGUCGACAACUUAGCAAACCUGUAACCUUUUCUGAUGGACGCAUCUUGCCUGAAGGUGCAACCGUGUUCAUCAGUAUCUACUGUAUCCACCGAAAUCCAAGCAUAUGGGAAGACCCAGAGGUAUUUGACCCCACAAGAUUCUCACCAGAGAAGUCAUCUCACAGGCAUCCCCAUGCGUUUGUACCUUUUGCAGCUGGAGCAAGGAAUUGCAUUGGACAGCAGUUUGCCAUGAUUGAGAUGAAAGUGGCCCUUGCUCAGAUCCUGCUUCAGUUUGAAGUCUUGCCAGAUCCUGCAAAGCCUCCUAUUCCAAUCCCUCAGAUUGUUCUGAAGUCUGAAAAUGGAAUACACCUGUUUCUAAAGAAACUCAGCUAACAUAGAAGUUUUCAAGUGUCUUUUUUGUGUGUUUGUAUAUGUAAGGCAAAGCAAUUUAUGUAAUUAUGAAAUGUAUGUAAUUAAAGAUGGGAAGGGCUGCUUUCAGGAACCACCAUGGGAGAAGCUCUGACACAUCCACCCCACAAGAAACAUCUAUGUAGGAUCUGUCUGCAGAGCAGUGGCGUCAGUGGGGUUGGUGUCAUUAAUUAGAACAGUCAUUUAUUCACCUUCUCUCCUGGGUUCGGCUCAGCAGGGAGUCUGGACAACUCAAAUCUUGUGCAAACAGACCAGUCAAUGUUCAGCACUGUUCAACACAAAACCUGGGGUAUAUCUCUCUUAAAACGGGGGGGGGGGGGAGGAACUACUAUUUGCCCUGGAUCUUCCUGGAAGAUCUGGAGCCCUCUGUUUGCUAUGCAUUGCCAUUGUGCCACUGAAUGCCACCACCACCAUGGCUAGUCACUUCCUUUGUGGACAGAACAGGGUGCCUAGCAGUGCCUCAGCUGACCUCAGAACAAAGUGAUUCAUGAUGGCAGUGCACAGAGACACAGCAAGAUAUGCAAACAGCUGCAUGCCAUUGCAAUGAAGGGGAAGGAAGCAAUUCCAUGGCCAGGAUACUCCAGGCUGCUUCCAGAGUAUCCUGCCCAUGCAGACACCAUUUCAGUUACCCCUUACAAGUUGUCAUUACAAGUUACACUUACUUUGGCAUUUGAUGAAUAUUUUGAACUAUGGUAGACUUAGAGUGAGGAGUGGAUCUUAUGUGAAUUAUGUUUUAUUCUUUGCUUGGUAUUGGAAGCUGGUAUGAUCUCAUAUUUGCCAUAAUAUGUUAUUGCUUAGUGACCUCAAUAAAUGAU